UCUCAAGAACAAGGGCAAAUAGCAAACUUGUUAUCCCUUUCCCCCUGCCUUUGAUUUUCAAAUUAAAUCACAUAGAAACCUCCAUUUCUGUACUCUCUCGUACACAAAAAUGAACGCACCACCAUCAUCUUCUUCAAAAUCAAAGAGGCCCCAUCACAGUGACAGUUUAAGCUCAAAACUUGAACCUAAAACAAAGAAAAACCUAUCUUCGGGAAACCCUUUGCAAGAUCACAACACCACCAUCGUCACUCCAAACAACAGUAGCUUUGAAGCUCCAAGGGGUUGUCUCAGGUUCUGUCUCUCAAAUUUUUCUUCUUCUAAUUCAAAUGCUAAAACCCCUUUUAUUGAUAGGCCAAUAAAAAUAAAAACUUUAGGAGAAACCACUCCCAAAUCGGCUCCCAACCCAUCAAAACCUUCGAAACGGAGCGUUUCACGGAAAGCGGUUUUGCAGAAUGAGGAGAAGGUUAGAAAAAACCCGCCUUCUUUGUAUCAGUGGCAGUCUGGGAGAAAAACUAAUUCUGGAACUGGGUCAAAAUCUAAAAUUUCUUCAGUUUUGGACACCAGUGGCAGUCUUGUAAAUAAAGUGUCAUCUGGGUCUGAGCUUAGGGUUUGUAGUGCUGUUGAUGUGAAUUUGACUCCUUUGAGUAAGGUAGCAACUGGCUUGCGCUUAAAAUUUAGAGAAGAUGAGAAAGAAAAUGUUGUUUAUGAUUAUGAGAAGUUGUCAAAUCCUAGUGGGAACAAAAAUAAAACUCCUCCUAUUCAAGUCUCUGUGUCUCCGGAGAUUCAAACACCAUUUGCCUCAUCUAUAGUGGCUACAGAAACCAGGCCGGCUUGUUAUAGUGCUGGUUAUGUUUUGUCUGGUGUCACUGACAAGAGGAAAUGUAGACCUAGAGGGAUUCUUACUGUAGGGGAGAAUAAUGUGCUAGACUUUGGUGCAGCAAAAGAUAUUAGUGGUUUUGAUGAAGAUGAUGAUAGAAACAAAGAGAAUGUUUUGGGAGUUGUUGAUAAAUCUUCCAGUGUUUCUGUGUUGCCUUUACCUGCUGAGGCUUUGAUGCAUUGGAUUUUGUCUCCUCGCAAUGAGGAGGAUGAGGAUUAUAAGGAGAAUUCCGAAAUUGGGUUGUGUAGAUAUCAGAUUCAUUCUCCUAAUUCAGAUUUGUUCAAUGAAGAGUUUAAUUUUUCAGAUUUGUGUAAUGGUAGCAAUAGUAGAAGCAGUGCCAGUGUUACUACUAGAAAGAGGUGUACUUCUUCAUGUUCUCCAGGUGAAGGAAUCUUGUGGCCUUUUCAUGACAAUGAGGCAGUUUCAUGUACUCCCAGAUGUACACCUAGUUUCAUGUGUGCAGGUUCGGAAGAAGAGAGGAAGUGCUGUGGUGAUUUUGAUCGAGAAAAUUCUCCAUUCUCCAUGGAUGUAUUGGGAAGCGGAAAUGUUAUUCAAACUCCAGACUCAAGUCCUGAUAGAUGUGUGGGUUUAUCACGUUUAACAGAAGUUGGUAAAGAACAUCCAAUUGAUUCUGAACUUGAUCUGAUCACUGAGAAUCUCCAAAGGACGAGUUUAUCUUCCAAGGGUUAUGAAUCGAUAUGGGAUCCAACUAGUUCAAGUUUUCAGUUCGAUUGUUUAACAACAGCCUCCAAUUCUGUUGAUCUUUCCAACUUCUCGAAUAUUUUAGAUGACCAGUCAUCUUGGAUAUCUACUUCUACUUUAGGGAAUGUGUCACAAUCGCAUACGAGGAUAUCAUGGAGAGAAGGAUUGGUGACUAGAAUUUUUGACAUGGAUGAGUUUGAUAGUUGCAGAUACUUAUCAGAUGGAGAGGACAAUGCCAGUGGGUAUCACAAUAACCAGUUGAAAUCCUGUCAGAAUCCAGAGAUCAGUGUUGAUGUAGGGGAAUAUGAGAUUCUGAAAAAUGGUUUAGUAUCAGCUGAAUUUGUAGAUACUGGACUGAAAAAUAGAGAAAAAAGUGAAGAAAGACUACCCUCUCAACUAUCUUGUUCAUGUGCGGAGUCUAUAAGCGCCGAUGGAGGCAGCCUCACAGCUUCAGGGGAUUCAGAUUGGACUCUAUACUAUACGAACCAUUUAUUUAAAGUAUGACUGUGUUCUUCUCUUGCACUCAUUUAAUCCACAAGUGUUAAGUCAAACUAACCUUCGGAUAGAGAGUGGUUCUUCUUGAUGGUCAUUGAGAAUCAUCAAUUAAACACCACACACACAAACACACACAAACAUAAACAUUUGUUCUGUUACUUGUAAUUUCACUUGUGCUUUAAUUGAAUUUCUUCAUUUAAGACCUUUCUGUUCAUAAACAAUGUGAUGAUUUCUGAAUUAUAUUUUAUGCUAUACCAGAAAAUUGUCAACAA